AUGAAAUUUGGUCGAUGACAACAACAAUUUCGCCGGUACAGCCACCACCAACUCCACCACGACUCCCAGCAUACCUAGGUAGUGCUGUCAUUGCAUACGCUUGCCGCCGCAGCCUCUGCUGUACGCCUACGCUUCGGCCGUCGCGACCACCGACCAAUCCUGCUGGUGCAAGGCGCCAGGACAGACGGUAUUCGCUGAACGCUGGACCCUCUUCCAUUGCCGUUGACCGAUCACGCCGAAAACCCGCAUCUCAUCACACGAUGAACACUGCCAGUGACGUGCCACUGCUCGUCCGGUCGGACAAUUCCGCCUCGGAGAGACGGGUAUCGCCAUCAUGGACCAUCACCCAGCUGAAAGAUCGCCUCGAACCCAUCACGGGCGUGCCGGCGUCUUGUCAACGACUGGCGUUGAAAAUUGGUUCUCAACCGGCACAAUCGAUCACUGCAGCGGAUGAGGAUUCGACGCAAAUCGGUGCAUUCUCACUACAGGCGUAUGCUGAACUACAGGUCAUCGAUACUCGUCCUCCCGGCGCUCGGACCAAUUACACCGACGUCUCCUCGGUCCAGAAGUAUGACAUGCCGGUAGCCGAAUAUGAGCAGCGCACCGACACCGUCCUCGCCUGGAAGAAGUCCCAGAAGCUGGGCCGCUUCGAUCCCAACGCGCCCGACAUCGUUCAGCAGAAGGUCAACGCCUCUUUCCGUGAGGUCGACGAGCGUGGCAUCAAGACCGGCAUGCGCUGUCGUCUGCUCCCGGACUCGGACCAUCGCCGCGGCGCCGUGCAGUUCGUCGGCGAGGUUCCUCAGAUUCCUGGCACUGUUGGCGCCUGGGUGGGUGUUGCGCUCGACGAGCCGACGGGCAAGAACGACGGCAGCAUUUCCGGCGAGAAGUAUUUCGAAUGCCCCCCUAACCACGGCGUGUUCGUGCGCGCCGAACGUGUGGAGGUCGGGGACUUCCCCGUGCUUGAUGAGUUUGCCGAUGACGAUGACGAGUUCUGAUAUGCAUUUCACGAACGAUAUCAAUACUUGAGAGCGAAGCGUUGCAGUGCGUGCGUGAAGUGCAAUCGUGACGCGACUCUUUGCCAAAAUUAGAUGAGAAGUGAAGGCCCAAAUACGGAUCAAUUCACGAAAACAACUUUUGUCAUUGCACGGCCGCAGGGAUAUCUAUGUGCAAACGACACAACGACAAUAACACCGCCCCAUCGUAAAUUAGUGAAGAAACUAUCAAUAUCGUGAUCAUCGUAAACGCCAGCGACGUCUGGCCCUUGCGUCUGGCCAUUUGGCAAUGGGGUCAACAAAGUAGGUCGAGAUGAGGCAGGCAUCAUGAUCCGAUAAGAACGACCCUGCAACAAUGCUAUUAAUCAU